AAAAACCAUUUUAUUAUUUUUAUAAAAUAAGCAGAAGCUUUUCGGACAUAUAAAUAACAAGAUUUUACGAAUUUAACUUAAAUAUUUUUUUGUUUUAUAUUCUUCAUCAACUGCGGAAUUUUAGCCAGUUAUAUCAUCAAGUUGUUCGAUCGUCGUGUUGAUUUGGCUCAAUUUAACGAAGAAACUCCGCUAUACGUCAUGGUUCGUGAGUGGAUGAAAAACAAACCGUAUCUAACGCAACACCCAAGUCUCAUGAACCAAGACAAUAAAACUACCUUACCGGCAGUAACACAAUCUGAAAACACAGAUGAUUGUGAGGAUCAGAUCUUGGAGCUGACUGGUCCUGUAAAAAAUGAAGACCAAGCUUAUCCGAGACCCUUGCCUCCUGCGUUAAAGACUGCACUCGUUGAAGACAUAAUAGAUACUGAGAGUGAUAUCGAAGAACUUCGAAAGGACAAUAUGAGUCGAUGGAGAAAAGUUAGAAACAGAUGGAAGGAGCACUCGUUUCGUCAACAACACAGAUAUUAUGAAAGUCUACAGAUUCUAAGGAAAUCGUUCAAUGUUCACACUGGAGGAUAGAAACUUUUUAGUUUGAUGUAUAUACUUUGUAAAUAUAAUAAUUAUAUAUGAAAUCCUAAUACUGGAA